GGGCUGGCGGGCAGCGGCGAGUCAUAGCUGUGUCAAGACUCACAAGUGACCCACGCAGCAUCUAGCACAUAUUGCAGCAAAGCCAUCACUGCAACUAUUCGGAAGUGACAUAGUAAUCAUGACUUCUCGAUUCUUCCACGGUGACAGCUCGAGCGAGAGCUCCUCGGAGGAAGAGGAAGAACUCUACGGACAAGCGGCAGCGGAAGACGAGUCUGAGGAGGAGAGUGAGGAGGAAGAAGACGAUGAAGAUGAGGACGAAUCCAGCGAUGACGAUGACGGCAAGACAGGCGCCGCUCGCUUCAUGCGGGACGCUUCAGACGAUUCGGACGAAGAGGAUGAAGACAAAGUCACGAUCGUAAAGUCUGCGAGAGACAAGCGGUUCGAUGAACUCGAGGGCACAAUACGGCUGAUCGAGAACGCGGAGAAGAUCAGCGACUGGACUGCCAUUAACGAACAGUACGACCGAAUGAACCGGCAGAUACCGACUCUGCAGCGCGAUUUAGACGGCAAGGCACCGAAGAUGUUCAUCAAGGCCAUCUCCGAGUUGGAGACGCUAGUUAUGGAAGCGUACGAAAAGCAGAAGGUGACUCCGAAGAAGAUGAACCCGAUUGCGCAGAAAGGCCUAAAUGCGCUACGGCAAAAGCUUCGGAAGAACAAUAAAGAGCACGCAUCGGACAUUGAGGCGUUCCGCAAAGACCCGGACGACUUCAUGAAGGAGGACGUAGUAGAAGAGACGGCACCUGCUCAAAAGAAGCCCAAGAAGAAGCUGCUUGACGCAGGGGAGAAUGCGCUUGACGCGGGUGAGGAUGGCUUCACGAUGGUUGGUGCGGGCGGCAAGGCGAUGGUGUACACCCCAGAAAGCAUACUCAAGCAUCUACGAUCAAUCGUUGAAUCACGAGGACGGAAGAACACCGACAAGCUGGAGCAGAUUCGCAUCAUGGAGCGGUUACUGGACGUUGCUGUAUCGGACUACCAGCGUGUGCGGGUGCUUCUAGUCCUCAUCGCUACGCGCUUUGACUUGACUUCCGGCACUGGCUCGCAGAUGUCCCAGGAGCAAUGGAAGUUGGCACAGCAGGAGCUCGCUCAGCUACUUGGCACGCUCGAAGGCAACAAGGAGCUCGUUGUUGUUGAUGUGGCUGAGGAGUGGGAAGAUGACGAGAAGCAGCCUACAAUCACGGCUGGUGAGCUAUUCAAGAUCCCAGGCACUGUCAUCUCUCUCGUUGAGCGUCUUGACGACGAGCUUACCCGCGUCCUACAAUCGAUCGACCCACACACUGCCGAGUACGUGGAACGCCUGCAAGACGAAGGCGGCCUCUAUACCAACAUCGUGCGCGGCAUGCUCUACGCUGAGCGCCUGAGAGCGGAGCCGAAGCUUGACUACUCACAAGACAACCUGAAUCGGAUAGUGAUGCGCCGGCUACAGCAUGUUUACUUCAAGCCAGCUCAAGUCGUCAAUCUCCUCGAAGACAACACAUGGAAGGCUGUGCCCGAAAAUUUAGACUCGAAGAUAACACCUCGUUCGGAAAGUCGGGAUGUCAACCAUCUCGUGCAAACACUCGCGGUCUACCUUUUCAAGCACUCGGAGGGCAUCCUCCGCGCCCGUGCUAUGCUGUGUGAGAUCUACCACCUUGCUCUGCACGAUCAGUACUACAAGUCUCGCGAUAUGAUGCUCAUGUCGCAUCUUCAAGACACCAUCAACAGCUUCGAUGUGGAGACGCAGAUUCUCUUUAACCGCACGCUUACCCAGGUCGGACUCUGCGCGUUCCGCGCCGGCCUUGUCUAUGAGUGUCAAACCGCAUUACAGGACAUCUGCGGCUCGCAACGCCAGAAGGAGUUAUUAGCUCAAGGCCUGCAGAUUCAACGGUAUUCGCAAAUCACACCCGAGCAGGAGCGCAUCGAGCGGCAACGACAGCUUCCAUUCCAUAUGCACAUUAACCUCGAGCUGCUCGAGUGCGUCUACCUCACUUGCUCCAUGCUUCUCGAAAUCCCAACGCUGGCCCAGGCCGGCUCCUCUCCGGAUCUCAAGAAGCGCGUCAUCUCCAAGUCGUACCGCCGCAUGCUUGAGUACCACGAGCGGCAAAUCUUCACCGGUCCGCCGGAAAACACGCGCGACCACGUUAUGCAGGCUUCCAAGGCGCUUGCGGCGGGCGAGUGGAAGAAGGCGUGCGAGUUCAUAAUCAGCAUCAAGAUCUGGGACCUGCUACCAAAGAGCACCGAAAUUAAGCAAAUGCUGGAGCGUCAGAUCCAGGAAGAAGGCCUGCGCACGUACCUCUUCACCUACGCGCCCUUCUACGACACCCUCAGCGUGGACAAGCUGGCGGGUAUGUUCGACCUCAGCGAGCAGAAAGUCACAGCUUUAGUGUCUAAGAUGAUUCAUCAUGAAGAACUCGCCGCAGCGCUAGACCAAGUCAACAGUGCGAUCAUCUUCCGCAAGGGCGUGGAGCUGAGCCGCCUGCAGAGUCUGGCUUUGACGCUGAGCGACAAGGCGCAAGGGCUGAUCGAGGCGAACGAGCGGGUGCUGGAGCAGAGAACACAGGGUACGGCUAACGCAUUUGAGAGGCAGGGUCCCGGUGGUAGAGGAGGUCGUGGCGGUGCGAGAGGUGGUGCGAGAGGCGGCCGAGGGGGUGGAGCAUUCAGGGGAAGGGGUGGCGGUGGGUUCACUGGUGGUGCGCUUGGGAGUGCUAUUCGGGCGCAGUGAGACCUUUUGCUGGAGUGGAGCAUGGCGUCUGCGUGAUUAUGAGCCUCUUGUGGCUUCAUACGUCCAGGCCGCAUGCUGGGGAGGCUUGCUGAGUAUUACAUUAUUGCAGUAGGAUGCUUCGUAUGCGUAUGCACCUCAAGGGAACCUCAUCAUAGUCAAAGCUUCAUACCGCUUUCUUGGCAAGGCUGGAACAGUCCAUCCGCGUGGCUGGUUUAGAUCACUCGCCAUAACUGGUUGAAUGUCGU